AUGACGAGAAUGGUGGCUCUACGGAGUCUAAGGCGUACUGCCGUGACGACGACGCCAGCAACGGCUACUGCUGCUCUCCCGACCUCGACCUGGCGACUACAACGAUGCUACGCCACCGACGUGGACAGGACAAAGGGAGGAAACUUGGAAAAGACAAGGGGGAAUGAGAACAAGCUCGGACGUACCUUCCAGGGUCAGGUCAUGGGGAGCAUCGGGUCGCGUCUGCAGCGGGAGAGGGAGCAGCGCAAGAGGUACGAGGAUUGGCGGCACAUGACGGACCCGGCUAGGAAUUGGACGAUAAGUUUCUUCGUGCUGUCCUGCAUCGGCAUGUCGUACUACCUAGGGACGUUCUGGCCGAGCCAGGAGCCGACGUCGUCGACGCUCAAGCUCUCGGAGGCUCCGGCGAUCAAGCACGACACGCGGCUGGAGAACAUGCAGGCGGCGUGGGCCGACUUCGUCAAGGUGGUGGGCAAGGAGAACGUGAGCACGGCCGACGCGGAGCUGCUGCAGCACGCGACGUCGGAGUGGUCCUCGCACCGGGCGCGCGACGACGAGCGUCCGUUCUGCAUCGUGUACCCGGCCUCGACGGAGGAGGUGUCGGAGGUGAUCAAGGUGUGCCACGCGCGCAGGAUCCCGGUAGUGGGGUACUCGGGCGGGACGAGCCUGGAGGGCCACUUCACGCCGACGCGCCGGGGCGUGUCGAUCGACUUUGCCAGGAUGGACAAGAUCCUCGCACUGCGCAAGGACGACCUGGACGUGACGGUGCAGCCGGCGGUGGGGUGGGAGCACCUGAACGAGGAGCUGGGCGCGCUUGGCCUGUUCUUCCCGCCCGACCCCGGCCCCGGCGCCAGGAUCGGAGGCAUGAUCGGCACGGGCUGCUCGGGCACCAACUCGUACCGCUACGGCACCAUGCGCGAGUGGGUCAUCAGCAUCACGGCCGUGCUGGCCGACGGCACCGUCAUCAGGACGCGCCAGAGGCCGCGCAAGAGCUCGGCCGGCUACGACCUCACCAAGCUGCUCAUCGGAUCCGAGGGCACCCUCGGCCUCGUCACGGAGGCCACCCUCAAGGUCACCACCCGCCCGGAGUCCACCAGCGUCGCCGUCGCCACCUUCCCCUCCAUCCGCGACGCCGCCGACUGCGUCGGCAAGGUCGUCGGCAGGGGCAUCCCCGUCGCCGCCGUCGAGAUCCUCGACGACAACCAGAUGAGCUGUAUCAACCGCGCCGGGUCCACGUCGCGCACCUGGACAGAGGCCCCCACCAUCUUCUUCAAGUUCGCAGGCACCCCGGCCGGCGUCAAGGAGCAGGUCUCGCUCGUGCAGGGACUGGCCGCCCAGUCCAGGAGCAAGACUUUCGAGUUCGCCCGCAGCCAGGAAGAACAGAAUGAGCUCUGGAGCGCCAGGAAGGAGGCCCUCUGGAGCGCCAUGGCCGUCAAGAAGGAGGGCGACCGCGUGUGGACCGGCGAUGUCGCCGUCCCCAUGACCAGGCUGCCUGAGCUCAUCGAGGCUACACAGGAGGAUGUGAGGAAGAGUGGACUGUUUGGCACCAUCGUUGGCCAUGUUGGUGAUGGAAACUUUCACAGUAUCCUCUUGUUCAACGACUCUCAACGGGAGAAGGCAGAGGCCGUCGUUCACCGCAUGGUCAAACGUGCCGUCGAAAUGGAGGGCACCGUCACGGGCGAGCACGGCGUCGGCCUCGUCAAGAGGGACUAUCUUCCCCACGAGCUUGGAGAGUCUACCGUAGACGUGAUGCGACAGAUCAAAAAGGCAUUCGAUCCUCUCUGCCUGCUCAACUGUGACAAGAUUGUACGCAUGGAGAAGCCGGCCAAGGGAGAGGUUGCCGAGUGGUGA